UUCUCGUGUGGACGGAAAAACUUUUGCUCAUCACUUCUCGCCUCGCAUUGGAAAGUCGCGUAAAAUUCUCGUGGAAGAGGAAAACCUCAGAAUUCCCCCAAUCCUAGGGAAAACCAAAAUUCCUUGGGCCAACCGUAUCAAUCAUCGACUAAAGGCUUUGGUCCUCCCUGUGAAUGUGUGCUUUUUGUGUGUGAGCUGUGUUUAGUUGUGCCGGCUUUAAUUAGCAGCUUUUCCUCUUUCUUCCGCUGGUCUUGUGUGCGUUAGAUUAAUGAGGCAAAAGUGUUUUAUCGUGUCGUGCGUUAAAUAUUUAAUACAAUAUCAAAUAAAUGUUACAUAAGCCGCCUGUCAUUAGCAUCUUGUGCCAACAAAAAAUAAAAGGAGUGUGUGCUGCUUUUACCAUAAGUAACUCGAACAGACAAAAUCGGAUUCUCUUUCCACAAUUCGCCAACAAGCUGAUCAAGUGUCCAAACAUAAUCAAGAGAUGAAGCCAAAUCAAAAUCCCUUAAUAAACUGCUAGAAUCCAGAGCUCACUCUCGCACACUCCACUACCGCCCACUUUGGACUUACUGUUGGAAAAAUCACAUCGGCAUUUUGCAGUGGCGACACGUUCCAUUGGCAACAACAGAAACAGCGAGAAAAGCCACAAGAAAAACCACAAAAAUAACUGAGCUUCCUUACGAAAAACCUCGAAAAUCCCGACGUGAAUUCAAUUAGGUGCUAAACUAGGCGAAUGCCUUUUAAAAAAAACCCGAACAGAUGUCAAGUCACUGUAUAAUACAAUAAAACGUUGAUUGUGUAUUGAUAUCUACGUGAUAUAAAUUAAAAACAAACAAAAACUCCAGUGAAAUAAUAAACUUUUGAAACAGAACAGAAAUUCGAACAAAUGUCUGCGUCGGCAGUUGAAGUUAAUGGAAAUGUCCCGCCAGUGGAAUUUCACAUAAGAGAGCACAUGGUGCAGGCGGGCGUGGCGCCUUUCCCGGGCGCUCCGGGCGGCUAUGCCGCCGCACCGAAUCCGGCAGCGGCGGCUGUUGCAGCAGCGGCCGCCGCCCAACAGCAGCAGCAGCAGCAGCAACAACAACAGCAGCAGCAGCAGGCCCAACAACAACAGCAACAACAACAGGUUGCCGGCGGACCACCCACCGCUGCCGAAAGUCUGUCAAUGGCGGUGGCAGCGGCCGCGGCCAAACAGGCUGUUGAGCCAGUGGCCCAAAUAAAAUCGGGCGGAUGCGGAGGCGGAGGCGAGACCGCAGGAGCUGUCAACAACAACAACACAGCUGGAGCGGCAGGAACGCCAGGAUCCGCCGGAGGAUUGACCACAGAAUAUUCAACUGGCUGUGGGGGCGGUGGUGCAGCGGCGGCCAAUUCGGCGGUGGUGGCCACCAGUGUUUCCGACGUACAUGUUUCGAUGUUCAUGCAACAGAAGACAAAUCUGUCAACACAAACACAGACACAGUACGAGUACGAGUACGAGUACAAUGGAACCAGCCUCGCAGAACCAAGAGUCCCAGGUCCCAUUCCGCUUCCACUGACAAAUGGACAUGCCAUGGACCAAGUGCAGCAGCCACCAGAACACCAGCAGCAUCUGCAAUCAUCGCUGCCCCCACAAAAUGUGCUCAGCGUAUCCACAGUAUUGAUCGCCAAUGAGGCAGCAGAAUCACAACAGAGCUCCGCCAUGCCCAAUUCUGGAGGUGGCAGUACUGGUGGUGGUGGAGGCGGCGGCGGUGGAGGCGGUGGCACGCCCAGUUCACCGCUCAGCAACUCCCCGUCCAGCGUAACAGCAUCGCAGGCAGGCGGAUGCGGACUGACCCUCAACGGCAGUGCCAACGAAGGUAGCAUGUCCGGGGACACUUCGCCGGUGGCCAGCGGCGAACCGCUCCUGCAGACGCCGCCCGCCCUCCAACAACAACAGCAGCAGCAGCAGCAGCAACAACAACAGCAGCAACAACAACAACAGCAGCAACUGCAACAACCGCUCCUGUGCAGCAGUCCCACAUCGAUGCAAUCGGCGGGCACUUCAGUGACGGGCAGCUCGAUAGCAUCCGGCACAUUGGCGGCAACCAGCAGCAGUGGCGUUGGACUUUUGCCCACCACCGGAUUGGAUAGCAUUGCCAAUGGUGGAGCAGGCUGUGCCGUGGUCCCGGCCAGCACCUCGCAGGUGAUCGCCCACCUGAAUGCAGCAGCCGCAGCGGCCAGCGGCAUCAUGUCGCCCACGGCCAAUGUGGCCACUAGUCUCAGCAGCGCUCUAGUCCCGGCCCAGUCGGUGCCGUCGGUGGUCGCCUCCCUCGAUGCCAAGAGCCAGCCAAAGCGGCUGCACGUCUCCAACAUACCGUUCCGCUUCCGGGAUCCCGAUCUAAGGGCCAUGUUUGGGCAAUUUGGCACCAUUCUGGAUGUCGAAAUCAUCUUCAACGAACGCGGCAGCAAGGGAUUCGGUUUUGUAACAUUCGCUAACAGCAACGAUGCAGAACGAGCACGCGAACGUCUACACGGCACCGUGGUUGAGGGACGCAAAAUCGAGGUGAAUAACGCCACUGCACGUGUACAAACCAAAAAAGUGACAACAGUACCCAACGUUGUACUGACCAAAGAUGGUGGUAUGCCGGCCCCAGCUCUAGUCUGUGUACAAUGGCCCGAAGCCGCCGUUGCCGCCGCAAUGCGUGGAGUGGCCAUCCAGCGCGGACAAAUGGGCGUGGUCGGCGCCGCCCCCUACCAUCAUCCCCAUCACCCGCAUCAUCAUCCGGCGCUGCUGGCGGCUUCCGCCGCCGCCGCCCAACAACAGCAGCAACGCCAACUGGCCGCCGCCGCCGUGGCCACUGCAGCAGCCGCGCAACAGCAGCAGCAGCAGGCUGUUGUCCAGCAGCAGCAGCAACAAGUUGUGGCCGCCGCCCAGCAGCAGCACCAACAGCAGCAGCAACAACAACAGGCGGUGCAACAGCAGCAGCAGCAGCAACAUCAACAACAGCAGCAGCAACAUCAACAGCAGCAGCAACAGCAACAUGCCGCCGUAGCCGCCGCAGCUGUCGCUUCGCAUCCGCACAUGCAUGCCGCCCAUGCCCACGCCCACGCCCACGCCCUUGGCCCCCAGUUGGCGCAACUCCAGGCGGUCGCUGUGCCGUCGGCCGCUAACAGUGCCGCCGCACUGCAGCAAUCGCUGGCCAAUGCCCUGGCCCAGAACCCGAGCGGCAAUCCGAACGCUGCCCUAAACGCCGCCUAUGCCGCCCGCCUGUCGGCGGCGUCGGGCGCCACACAAUCGUCGCAAUCGGCCGCUGCUGCUGCGGCUGCUGCUUCCAUGGCCGCGUCGGCCAAUGCGGCCAACAAUGCGGCCGCUUUGCAUGGAUUCGCGCCUGUAUACUAUGAUCCCUUCUUAGCAGCCGCUGCAUCCGCUGAUCCGAAUCUACGCUUCCAGGCAGCCAAACCGGUCACUGAAGUUCCAGCCGCUCAGCCAGCCGCCAUAUUAAAUCGCCGCACUGUGACUACGCUAAACAGUAACCCACAUACGAUCAACCGCAUUCCGGUUCCACAGAAUGUUUUGGCCACUGCUCCGCUGUUAAAGACACCGCUGUCUCAGGCCCAGCAGCAGGCGUACGCCACGGCGGCCACCACCUACACGGCGGUAGCCGCUCGGGCCGCCUAUGGGGCCGCUGCCGCAGCAGCCGCUCAGCCGGCACUCGCCGGCUACGCCACCGUAGCUGGAUAUGCGCGCGAAUAUGCAGAUCCUUAUCUAGGACAUGGCAUUGGACCAGUUCCUGGAUACGGGGCUACCAUGUAUCGCGGUGGAUUCAAUCGUUUCACGCCAUAUUAAGAACAAUCUACGCCAGUCAGCCAAAUAAUGCACUUGAACUACUCUCGAUGAAAAUGCUCAAUAGAUGAACAAAGCAAAGCAAAUAAGUAACUUAGACGUAAAUACUCCUCCCUACGUGCAGUAAGUAGAAGUUACAACUAAACCGAUAGAUGCAGGAUACUCACACCCGGCAGCAGACACGGCAACACCAACAACAGACGCUCAAAGUCCUUGGAGAGUUUAAAAUCAAAGCUAAGCAACAAAGAAACAAAAAGAACAUAAACAAAUCAAUGUCGUCCAGUAAAAGCAAAAAGCUACACCAAAAAAGAAAAAUAUACGCCGCUAAAUGCAGUUCUAUGGAGUUUAUAUAAGUAAACCAAAAAAAAAGUAAAAAAAAAUAUUUAAACAUAAAUUCAAUGUGCAAAAUAGUUUUGCAGAGAAAGAAAAGAAAAAUGUGCUUCAUGCGUAGAUUUUUACCAGAACAAGAGCUGAAACUUUGUGCGGAAGAUCAGAAUUUAUAUAUAUAUAUAUGUAUACUUAUAUAUAUAUAUAUAUAUAUAUAUAUAACCGACAUGAUAUAUAGUUAUUAUAUAGGCAUUGUAUUUGUAUAUCAAAGCAAACCAGGAAAAAGAGCAAUGUUUUUAGGUACUUUUCAUGCUGAAACAUCAUCAAAAAAAAUAUAUAUAUAUAAACCUUCGGUUGUUGAUUUUAAUAACUUCGUUGAACUAAGUUAGUCUUUAUGAUUUACAAAUUAUUCUAAAACAUUAGCGUUGUAGGAUGUAGUAAGGGAAAGCAACAAUGCAGCCACUUUAACAAAUCAAAUUGUAUAUUAUUUGCAAACCGCUAAAGCACAAACAAAAAUAUUUAUUCGUAUAUACUUUAGAUUGAUAUCUCUAAUUUGACUACCCAAAGAAUACUCAUUUCUGUAUUGUACUGUAUUGUCAACGAAUUUAAUUUUAAUACAUUGCUUGGUUGUUCCUAAUUAUGUUAUAUUUUGGAAGCUAAAACCACUCACACUAAACUCACGACUCAAUUCGAAUUGCUCAAAAAAAUUGUAGCGCAUAGGUAAAUGCAAAAGAUCAACACGUAGACAUAUCCUUGGAAUAUACAAUAAUAUUUACUUUAAAUGCCGCCAUAGCAGCAAAGCGACAAAAAAAAAACGAAAAAAUUAAAAAAAAAAACAUUAGUUUUAAAAAGUCAAGCUUCCAGUGACAAAAAGCCAUUGAUGAAUGAUGUGGAAAUCGAAUAAUAAGCAUUAAAAAUUACAAUUUUUAGCUCUUACUCCGUAGCACUUUCCUUGUGUGUUGUGUAAAGAAACAAAACAAACAAAAAUGGAAAAAAAGAAACGUCGUUUCGGUGUUGUUCAUUUUCGGUCUAGACCGAAGCGAAACUUCCCUAAGCAAACUAAGAAUUUAUUUUAUACACACUCGAAUCUAAUGCACACACAAAACAAAAAUGAAACAAAGAAUCUUUUAACGUUGUGUAUUUUUCAAAUGUUAACGAUUAAAUGCUCAAUGGAAAACAUCCAAACAAAAGGAAGUCGUUCUCUAUAUUGAUUCUUAGGCAGCUACUGUCAUCAAAUUUAUACUAGUUGUUUAUCAACCAUACUAUGCUAAACAAAAACAAGCUACUAAAUAUUGUGUGUGUGUAAUCGUGCAAUUCUUUAGGUGUUCUUCGAAUUUCCUUAAAAACCUACUACCAAUUACUUGAAAAAAGGGAUGAAGAGAAGAAUGAAAAAUUCAUCAACUCCAAAGAGCUUCAACUUUGACGUUUUUUUUUUAUCUAAUCACUUAGCAACUGUCUCAGAUUGUACAUAUUUACGCUGACAUAUGGUAUUUUUCCUUAUUCCUCUCAACGCACACACAAAGAACACACGCACAGGCCAGGAUCCUGGGAAAUUGAAGCAAUUUAUGGCAUACUCACAUUGUUACCCUCAUUAAAGGGUACUUCUUGUUUGAUUCUCUCUCAUGAUCAUGCAUUGAUAUACUAUUUUUACGUUGACAUUUUUAAAGCCAAAGUUUAUAUUUUAAAUGAUUUUUAGUUAGGUAUUAGAGUUUAUAUGCUGACGACAGACACAAAAGGAUAAGUAAAUGAUUACGAACUAAAGGGAAAACAAUAAAGAAAAACAAAUCGAACCCAACAAUUGCCAAAUUAAUCGUAGCUUUCAACUGAAUUAUAAAAUAAAGACGUAAUUAAAUUUAAUGAAUUUUUCAACUAGCGCAAAAAUAGUUUGCCAAAAAGCCUAGCAUACUUUUUGGCCCACCCCGAUCACACACCAGAGAAAACACACAGAAAUUUUGGGUUUGAUGAGCAAAAGCAAGAGAUAAACCAUCUAGUUAUAAAGCAAACUUAAAUAUAUUACGGUACGGUAUAUACAUUUAAAUUAUGAACUCAACUUCCACCGCAAACUUUUAAAAACAAACAAAAAACAAAACUAAGAAAAACACAAUUUUUGUCUUAAGCAAUGCGUUGAGGAAAGUCAACCUACAAGUAAAUUAUAAAUGCAAACGCAACUCAAUCAAACACUGCAGCUAUAUUAUAACAUACGAUAUAUGAUGUAUAUGAUAAUAUCUUCAUUUAACCCGAUCCAUUUUGUGAACCCCCAAAAACUGUAAUCUGUGUAGUUUAACCAUAAGCCAGCGCCAGCUUUUGUUUACUUUCACAUAGAUCAGAUGCCUAGGCGUCAUAUAAAGUAUAAAUAUAAAGUAUAUAAAUAUAUAUUAUAUGGAAACUCUAAUCUUUAAUGAUGUGCCAAAUUGUAAGUUGUACCAUUUGUUUUUAUGAGCAAAUGCAAAACACAAAUUGAAAUAAAAUAAUGAAUUAAAACAUAAAACAUUGAAAAUAGCAUUCAGUUUUCCUCCUCCCGAAAAACCGAAACGGAAUAUGCAAGAAGCCUAUUUUGAUUUUAAAACAUUUAGAUGGUAAUGGUAAAAUAUUUUUUAAAUUUAGCAUUGUGUAUAGGAACGGGCAAGGCUGCCAAAAACAAAAGGCCAAGCCGAGCGCUCUCAGGCGCUACCUUACAAAACAAAAUUGAUAACAGAACCGCAGUGACGAUAAACAAGUAUUAUAUUAGCAACAAUCGCAGAACAAAGCCCAACCAACAGCAAACACAAGUUAGGUUAAUAUAAAACCGAGCUCAAUUUUAAGUUUCUUGACAUAAUACAUACCGGAAGCUAUUGAAUGUGAAAUUUUAAUAACAAACAUACACAAAUUCCGAAACGUAUUGGUUUAUAUCAAUUUUCAAUUUGUAAGGUUGUGACAAAUUGUAAACAAACAUAGAAAACAAAAGUGAAACAUGAAACAAAUCCAUGGAAAAUUGUAAUAUUGUUUGUGAAUGGCAAAUAAAAUAGCAAGAAGGUGGAAACAUUUGAGAUUCAGACAAAAUACAUUUGAAAAGAACGCCAGAGGGAAAGAGCGAGAAAUGCAAUAAAAAUAACUUUAAAAAAUGCAAAAUAA